AUGAUUCUUAAUGAUUAUAUCACAUUUUUAAGAAAUAUCAAAUAUUUUUUUAUAUUUUAUGUACUGAUAACGACGACACCGCGAUUUUCAAUAGCAAUUUGUGAGUCUAAUCAAUCUGAACAACCUUUAUGCAGUGGACGUCGUGGUCUCAGAUCUACUUUAAGGAAAAGGUCAAAUAAAAAAAACAAGAGAUCAAUAAUUCAAAAUAGACAAGAGAAUGAAACUUUUACCAACGUAACAACAAAUCAAGUGAUUAGUGAUGGGAUAAAUUCAAGGCAAAACUCUAUCUGUAAUGGUCUCUGUGUUUUAGGAAUUAUGGUUGGAGCAGUUGUUAUAAUCAUAUUAAUCGGCUUCGGUCUGUGUUUUACGAUGAGAAAAAGAAAGAAAGUGGGUGAUAAAGAAAUCCGUCCCAGUUCAAAACGUAUGAUAUCUAGUACACAAACUGCUGAUGAUUUCCCCAAAAUAUCAUCUAGUCCACCACCAUUUGAAUCUAGAUUAAAUGAUGAAGCUGAAGCAUUUGCACAAGAACAUCCGCCACAAGAAGAAAUUCCACCACCUGAACAUAUUGUAUAUAUUCAGGGUCUUGGAGGAGCAAAAGCUUGGGAAUGGUCACCUGAUGAAAAUUUGUUAGUACAACAAUUUGUUUCGAUAACCAACGAAGGAAGCAUCGUAACUUUUAAUAAAAGAGUGGAUUGUAUGGUACAAACGAAUUAUCCAUUCUUUAUACCACAAACGGAGGGGGAUACACUUUAUGAACCGCCGUUCGAACAACCUGAAACUAUGGAAUUAAGACGUGGACAAAUGUUACAUUAUUUCGAAAUUACCGUUUUAUCAAAUCCUGAAGGAAAAAAUACUACUAUAGCGAUCGGACUUGCGACUAAACCAUAUCCUUAUUUUAGAUUACCAGGAUGGAAUAUAUAUUCAGUGGGCUAUCAUUCAAAUGAUGGACGAAAAUUCAAUGAUGCACCUAGUGGUAGAGAAUAUGGACCUACAUGGGGAGAAGUAGGAGAUACAAUAGGUUGUGGAUAUAAUCCAGAUGUUGGAUACGUAUUUUUUACGAAAAAUGGGCAAUUCUUAGGUAAUGCUUUCACGAGUAUACGACAUAUAUGGUUUCCAACGAUAGGGGCUAAUGGACCAUGUAUUAUUGAAACAAAUUUUGGGGAUAAUUAUGACAAAGAAUUUAAAUAUGAAAGUGCACGUGGAUAUGGACCUGGUGGACCUCUAUUAAUUUCCGAAAAAAGAAGACCAAGACCUAGUCGUAGUAGUAGUACAAGAAGCAUUCAUGCUGUAGAAACCGGUAGUCCUCGUAUUAGAUAUGAUUAA